GCUUCUGUGAGCGGAGCGGGACACUUGCUGUGGAGAGAAGAGAGCCAGAGGACGAAGAGAGAAAAGAGAGAGUGUGGACGCCGCUCCAGAGAGAAACAAACAAACAAACAAAACAUAUAGAUCACUUUCACUCGACCCAGAACAUCGCAACAUGGCUUCAAAGUGCCCUAAGUGUGACAAGACGGUGUAUUUCGCUGAGAAGGUGUCAUCACUGGGGAAGGACUGGCACAAGUUGUGUCUGAAGUGUGACCGUUGCAACAAGCUGCUCAACGCCGGAGGCCACGCUGAGCACGAUGGAAGGCCCUACUGCCACAAACCGUGCUAUGCUGCCCUCUUUGGACCAAAAGGUGUGAACAUCGGUGGAGCCGGUUCUUAUGUGUAUGAUACUCCAGCCAACAACAACCCGUCUCCUACGAGUGUGGAUUCAGCCCCCAGAGCUGAGGAGAAGAGAACGUUUGCACCCAAGGCACCAUCAAAAGCUGGCAGCAUCACCACUUUUUCCGGAGAGGCCAACCUGUGUCCCAGAUGCAACAAGAAGGUGUAUUUUGCUGAAAAGGUGACAUCACUGGGCAAGGACUGGCAUCGGCCCUGCCUGCGCUGUGAGAGGUGCAGCAAGACUUUGGCGCCUGGCAGUCAUGCAGAGCAUGACGGCCAGCCUUACUGCCACAAACCCUGCUAUGCUGUUCUCUUCGGGCCCAAAGGCGUGAACACUGGUGGUGUGGGCAGCUACAUCUAUGACAAGGAGCCCAGUGCAGUUACCGAGCCUUGAACCCUUUGUCCUCCCCUCAGCCUCAUCCCUCUCUACACAACACUGACCAUCAGCCACAGUAUUAUUUGUAGACUUUCUCUCUCUCUCUCUCUCUCUCUCUCCAUCCUUCCUGUGCGUUCACACCUGAGACAACCAGCCUUCUGCUCCAGAUCCUCUCCUCAGUCUCUGCUCUUCUCCUUUAUCCUGACCCGCUCCCAGAAGUCCCCGGAUCAGACUUAGUGCCACGAGGAAUGAUUCAUUGAUUACAAAUGCUGCCGAGACAUGUGUUAUACGUAUUUGCUCCAGGAGAGCCCUCAGCACAAGCACACACAGUUGUUGUUCUGCAUCCUGCAUUCCCACAUGAUUGCUAUAGUUAUUGCACUAUGAAUUUAAAAUAUUUCAACAUUUUUGCCACGUUUACACAUUUAUAAAUGUAUGUGAGCAUAUUACAAGUCACCACAGUCAAAUAUUAAAGUCUUAUAUUGCAGUUUUUGUACCCAGGAUUGAAGAUGUCAAGUUUUUGAGAUGAUGUAUUGGUAUGCUUUAUAUAAAAAAGAAAGAUGGAUAGUGAUUCUCAGGUGUGGAAAGCUGCAUUUUGAGUGGAGGUGCAGUGCGUUGACUGUGAUGUGCUGACAGGCAGAGGAAUUUCAUUUCGAAGGCUGCUGCACACACAGGUGGUGCUCAGGAGCACAUUGCCAAUAAAUCUGUAUUUUUUUCAAAUGCCAUAUUUACGGUUUGGCUACCUGACAACAUUCCUUAUGUUUUUUUUGUUUUUAAAAAAAAAAUCAGAUUCUGUUCAACAUAUUGUAUAAAGAUUGUUGCAGGUGGGACAACGGAUGUCUGAGCCGACUGUGACAUUUUCAGCACAUCCAUGAGGCUGUAUUAAAAUAUGAAUUUGUUUUACUUUUGAGCGUUAUGUUUAUAACCUGUUUUACAUCAGAAUCUGGAUAAUAAGAUAUUACAAUGUCUAAUAAAUAACACAAACUUGUCCCGGUUAUAAAUAAUAUAUUUUUUAGAUUGAAUCAUUCUAAGAGGCAGAAUGUGGGUGAUGAUUUGGGAAAGGAGGGCUAUGAUUUGUCAGGGGUCAAACAUGUAUUUAUUACUCUGUUAAUAAAGUCUGUUAAAGUUCAUCAGCCAUUGUACUGACAGAUUAUGAAUGAGGUAAAAAAAUGAGGCGAUGUAAGCUGUAUAAUUCUCUAUGAUGAAGAUUUUUAUCAUUAUUUUCAAAUAAAUAACCCUGCUGUUAUUUUCCAAGAGACGACGCGCUAUUUGAAGUAUUAUAUUGUUUUGCCGUUAGCAAAUACAGUAGCUUAGCUUGUAGAAACAGAGAUGAGACAAGUCAUUCUGUAAGAAUGUGCGUUCUAGUAUUAUUGUAUGAUUGUUACUGUGUUUGUUUAUUAUCUAUUGUACAUCGUAGGGCUGUAGACACGGCAGGGCUCACUGUAGAACUGAAACUCUGCACUUCAACCCUGCUGCAUUUGUCUUUUUAAUCCCAUGAAUAAAUAUUUUAGAAACUCUUCCA